GGAGAGGUGUUUACCUUCCGGGGCAGUGGAGCAGGGUUCCGGGGCGGAGUCUGUGUGUUGUCCCGGCCCGGCUUUAUGCUGUGCGGGAGGAGGGAGUGGGUCCGGCGGACGGAGGGCUGCAGCCCCGCGGUCGCCAUGAGUGGUUCACAGAACAAUGACACUAAACGACAGUUUCUUCUGGAACGGCUGCUGGAUGCAGUUAAACAGUGUCAAAUACGAUUUGGAGGAAGAAAAGAAAUUGCUUCAGACUCUGAUAGCAGAGUCACUUGUUUGUGUGCUCAGUUUGAAGCUGUAUUUCAGCAUGGCCUGAGGAGGAGUCGAGGACUAGCGUUAACGGCAGCAGCCAUCAAACAGGCAGCAGGUUUCUCCAGUAAAACUGAAACAGAACCAGUGUUCUGGUACUAUGUGAAAGAAGUUCUGAAUAAACAUGAACUGCAGCGGUUUUACUCUCUGAAGACAAUUACCACAGACAUUGGUAGAGGCCGGGCCUGGUUGCGCUGUGCAUUAAAUGAGCAUUCCCUGGAAAGAUAUGUUCAUAUGCUGCUGGCAGAUAAGAAUCGACUUGGUGUCUUCUAUGAAGACUGGUCUUUUAUGAUGGAUGAAGAACGUUCUAGUAUGAUUCCUACCAUGGCAGCUGGUCUGAACUCCAUUCUUUUUGCAAUCAACAUUGACAAUAAGGACUUAAAUGGACAGAGCAAAUGCACACCCACCGUGUCUGAUUUGUUAAAGGAAUCAACGCAGAAUGUGACCUCAUUGUUGAAAGAAUCCACCCAGGGUGUUAGCAGCCUUCUUAGAGAGAUCACGGCAUCAUCUGCUGUCUCGAUUCUAAUAAAACCUGAUCAGGACACUGACCCACUUCCUGUUCUCUCAAAGAGUGUAAAUGCUGAUUUGAAAUGUAAAAAAGACAGAAAAAAGAAGAAGAGAGUGACUAAUAUUAUCUCAUUUGAUGAAGAGGAAGAUGACCACAAUUUGGGGGAUGCAACAAAGACUCUGAUUAUAGGGGAAAGUUCAGAGGAGAGUGUAGACAGACCUUCAGUUUUUGCAUCACCCUCAUCUGAAAGCAUUCUUGGGAAGAGUUUGAAUGGGAGUGAAAGUAACCAUUCGUGGAAGAGCAAUUCCAUGUUCCUGAAUGGAGAAUGUGAAUACCAGAAACUAGAUGUUAAGAGCAUUGAUGAUGAAGAUGCAGAUGAAGAUGAGCUGUAUAGGAAAUCAUUAGGAAAUAAAGACACAGAAGGGGAAACAGAAGCUUCUGAAAAGCCUCAUGAACUAGGCACAUGCAGCUCUCAGAUAUGCAGUUGGAGUCCUCUGCAGGUCCUGAAUGAUGAUUCAGAUGUUCUGUUUCCUGUCAGUGCUGUUGGCUCUUACUCCCAAACAGAUAACUUGGAGAAUGGAGAGGGACAUGAACAUGUUCAUACAGUAGAACUGGUUCCAAGAAGGUCUGAUCUUCCUUACAGAGCGGAAGUCAGUCCUCCAGCUCAAGUGAAUACUUUAAGCAAUAUGUUGCCUUCAGCCACUGUGCCAGAAUCCAUGACAAUUAAUGAACUUCGUCAAGCUAUCGUGGCCAUGAUGAAUAGAAAAGAUGAACUGGAAGAACAGAAUAGAUCUCUGAGAAAUCUGCUUGAUGGAGAGAUGGAGCAUUCUGCAGCACUAAGACAGGAAAUGGACAACUGGAGAAGGAAAGCAGCAGAGCAGGAAGAGCGACAUGCCAUGAAAGUCCAAGCGUUGGCACGAGAAAAUGAGGUGCUAAAAGUGCAACUUAAGAAAUAUGUAGGAGCUGUUCAGAUGCUCAGAAGAGAAGGUCAAACAGUGGAAGUUCCGCCCAGCAUUUGGAGUACUGAUGGUGAAUUUCCUAUGCCAGAGCAUAAGCAAGUAGAAAACAAUGAGGAACUUGCCAGCUCUUAUGAAAGAAAAUUGAUAGAGGUAGCCGAAAUGCAUGGGGAGCUGAUUGAAUUCAAUGAGAGGCUGCACCGGGCUCUGAUGGCUAAAGAAGCUCUUGUGUCCCAGAUGAGACAAGAACUAAUAGAUUUGAGAGGGCCGGUCCCUGGAGAUUUGAGUCAAACGUCUGAAGAUCAGAGUCUGUCAGAUUUUGAGAUAUCAAACCGUGCUCUUAUUAAUGUUUGGAUUCCCUCAGUCUUUCUGCGUGGCAAAGCUGCUAAUGCAUUCCAUGUGUAUCAGGUUUAUAUUAGGAUAAAGGAUGAUGAAUGGAAUGUUUAUCGGAGAUAUGCGGAGUUCAGGAGCUUGCAUCAUAAAUUGCAGAAUAAGUACCAGCAAGUGAGAACUUUCAACUUUCCACCAAAAAAAGCCAUUGGAAACAAGGAUGCAAAGUUUGUGGAAGAGCGACGCAAGCAGUUACAAAAUUACCUAAGGAAUGUAAUGAACAAAAUUAUUCAAACUGUGCCAGAAUUCACAGCCAAUCCCAAAAAAGAGACUCUUAUUCAGCUGAUGCCCUUUUUCAUUGAUAUUGCACCUUCUGGAGAAUCAGGGAGCAAAAGCAAUCGCUCGAGAGUGACUACGCGCUUUCCCAAACUGUCUCGCAGCCACCAAAGAGAGCCACGAAGCCUGGAGCCACAGAGUGGUGAUCUUUGACCCUUCCUUGUAACUGUGAAUACUGACACCAUGUACUUAAAGUUGUCCUGUGAUUCCUUCCUUGCCUGUGUUUAUAAUCUAAGGUCCUGAAGAGACUACAGCUGCAUCAACUUAAAUCCUGAAAAGAGAUAUUCAUUACUAAGGGUCAUAUCCUGAUUAACUACUUUGGAAGGCAGGAAUCGCUUUCUCAAAAGAAUAGGACGGCUAUUCCUGAGAACUCAGCAAACUGAGAGGCAUUUUCUUUGUUUUGUAAAGCCGCAUUGCACAUAUUCCCCUUUGUUCUUCUGAAUUUCUUCUGUUCCUAUGAAUUCCUUGGUUUUAUUGUGUUGUCUUCCUUUCUACAUGUACAUUUUUCUGUACCAGAGAGACAUGAGUAUCAUGUCAAGACAAUUUUUUUCCUUAGAACAGUUAUGAUUAUCACUACUUAAUAUGUCAGCAGGAUGUGCAUAAAAGAACCUCACUAAUUUAUUAUCUUUUGUAAAUAGAAAGACUGGUUUUUUUUUUUACUGUAAAUCUCUGACACACAGAAAGGUUUUUAGAAAACUUGACAAAGUAGAUGACAAAGGAAAAAUGUUACAGUUGGGAAAAUAGCUUUUGUACAUUUGUAGUUAGAUAACCUCAAUAGCUUUCAUUUGUGGGAAGUAAUUCUUUAAAAUCACAGAAUGUAAUAAUUUUCUAGUGAAAUUUCAGUCUUGCUGUAAGGCUGGGUGCAAUAUUACUGAUUUCUAAAAACCACCACAAGGAUACACAAAAUUAGCAUGGUAUAAAACAGUGUUUUAAAGUCUUGGGGUCUAUGUUAUUAUUAAUUUGUUGCAGAUGUUACUGAACACUCCCAUCAUUUACGCAGCAGUGUGGAAUUCUUACUCUGAUUUUGUAAAACCCUUCUCAUGGUGAUACUUAAAAAUUGCCUGUAAUGAAAGUGCCUAUUACCCAUCACCUCUUAUUGAAAAGUAAUUUGUAAUGGUACUACUGUGAGUAAGUGAAAAAGAAAUUAACAAGAAUUGUUACAAGUGAUGGAAGUCCUGACAUGGAUUAACUGGAAUCCAGUUCAGUAUCCAUUAGCUGCACUGCCGUAGGCAGUUAAUUAUAUGUUAGCUAUCUUCUUCUCUUCAUUAAGUUUAAGUAGUGUACAUUCACACUUUCUAUUAAUUGUAUUCUGGUUUUCCCUUGCAUAAGAAUAUCUUUCUUAGAAGUUAUUUUGGGUAAUGUUACUUAAAUUGAUGUAUCGUCAUUUUAUUAUCCAUUCAUUACACUAAAUUCUUAUGUCAGUAGAUACUGAAAUCUAGCAUUACUCUGCAGAAAAAAAAAAAAACAAAAAACCUGAUGAUUACUAGCAGACUGUUUGCCUCAGUGCUUUACUAAAGUUCUAGCAAACUGGAACUUCUGUUCUACAAACCUGUAACACUUGCGUGUUAUUUAGUCAAGUAACUGGCCCAGACUUUUUCAGUGGCACUUGAGUGAGGAGGGGUUCAUUACACACAGUGAGUGGCAUCAGUGGUGCUGGAGUAUGAACCCUAAGUGCUGGAUUCCUAUGAUUGCAUAUGUAGCUUAUAGAUUGCACUGAAUAGCAGAUUGUGGCAGGGAGGAGUGGAAUUCACUCUUCAGGUCAGAAAUUUCAGUAGGUGGAAUACCACUAAGAAUCCUGUCAUAGAAAUGAAAUUAUAUUUUUCAGUCAGUAAGAGAUCACAUUUACAAAAUAAAGAGACAGAUCUAUAGGAAACCCAACGGGCCAGCCUGGGAGCCAGCUGGUUUGUUUUCAUUAAAAGAUGAGUUACUGUUGGUGUUCUGUGUAAACUACAGCAGGACAUUUAUUUCAGAAGAAAGGAGAGGGAGUAGCUGGGCAGUUAAUGCUCCUCCAGACUCUUCAGUUGGAUACACUGAUGAUAGUUUAUUUUGGUUUUUUUGGAAAGAAAAGUAGCUCUAAUGACGGUCCCAUUUUGAAACAAUUCUAAAUUGAUUUUUCAGAAAGUAGACACUUGAUUAGUAAAAAUCUGACACACAUCUAUUAACACUGAAUUGCAAGUCAAUCUGAAAGAAAAGUGCAUGGAAACCUUUGUGGUGUAUCUGCCAGAUGAAAUUGUAUUAAUUUGCAGGAAAUAAGUCACAAAUUCAAAUACUCAUUCAGAAAGCUACAAUGGUAGGGAAUCAUUUAGCACACACAAAAAUUAAAUUGUUUUUUUAGUUGUUCAGAAGGAUAUUUUUUUGUGUCUACAUUUGGCUCUUAAAAUUAUUUCAUUCCUGAUUAACUUACUUCUGGUAGUUUUUAAUUUAUGUAUGUAGAUUACAUAAAAAAUACUAAACUUGUUUACUGUGUACAAAUCUUUCUUUAUUAACUUUAGUGGAAUUGUGUAUCAGCUCCUAAGACUGCAGUCUGCAAACAGCUUUUACUUUAUGUUACAAGAUACCAUCAUGGGUGCAUCACUAAGCCUUUUACAAGCUCAUCUAUGGUUUCUCUAAACCUCAGAAAAUAAUUAAAUGAAAGUCUUUC